AUGCUGCUGAACGUCCAGCGCCUGGCGGCGAGCCCAGCCGCGCUGAGCCUGGACCUCGACGCCACGGCCCGGGACGCGGCGGGCGCGGCCUCGUGCAUCCGGCGCCUCUUGGCGCCGACGCUGUCCGCAGAGGGCGUCGCGGGCGAGCGGCUGGAGGCCGCGGUCCUCGACGCGCUCCGCGGCUCCGCGCUGCCGGCCACGCACACCACGAGGGGCCGCUGGGACGACGGACCCCUCGUGAAGGCCUUGGGCCGGCACCCCGCCUACGGCCCCGCGCUCCUCGGGGCGGGCGCCGCCGUGCGGCGGGCCGCCGCCCUCAGCAGGGAGCGGCUCGGGUGCUCCGCGGCGCCCAGCGCGGGCGAGGCGGGGCACCCCGCGACAGGGGCGCCCGCGCUUGCUGGCGCGGCCGCCGCGCCGCGGGAGGCGAAGUUCGGCCACCCGUGCUGGCAGCGGCCGCCGCUCCGCGCCGGUGCUGAGCGGAAUGCCUCCAGGGUCCUGGACCCGAAUUUGUGCUGCCGCGGCUCGGGGAAGGCGACGGAGCAUUGCUGGGACCGCGUGUUCACCUUCAAGCGCUGCUGCCCGUACAUUCAGAGGGAGGCACAGAAGGUGUGUGUCGGCGAGGUCGUCAACCACGGCGGUCGGCAGAUCGGUGAUCACACGGCGGCGCUGUCGACGUGCAUCGCCACGGUCGUGCGCAGGUUCACGGACGGGAUGCGCGACCGGUUGAGAGAGGUCCCCGCGGAGAUCUCCGAGGAGGCGGACCAUCUGGGAGACCCUGGCUACCGUGAGUUCUUGGGGAGCUUGAUGCGGAUAGUGUGA